UACGGGUUGCUGAAUCGACCAUAAACAUAAUUGUCAAUAAAAAGAGAUACAAGACUCUGUUUCAGUAAUAAUCUGUAUUGUUAAUGUGUAAAUGCGACUUUUGAGUAAUACACGAACCUUAGAACGAGCACUUCUAUAUACAUUUAACAUUGAAGUUGAUGUUUCUGAGUACAAAAAUGUGAAACCUGCUCGGACAUUCACUGAUCAAACCACUUCAUUAGAAUCACCUGUUGCUGUCUCAACGACUAUGUCAGUCAGUAUCAUCUGAGUCCAUCCUCCACCACUUCCAGUCCAUUGAUCUCGACGAUGCGCUUCUUAUUUCAUGUCUCUACAUAGCAGGAAUCUUGGAAUGGUGAUUCGCUAGUUCCUUCCACUCCGCCCAUAGCUGCAACAGAAUGUUCAGUCUCUUGAUUGCAACAUACAACCAAGAAGGCUGCGUCUUGCUAGUUAGAUAAUGUAGCUUCUACUUCACAAAAGCCUUCUUGAUCUGAUCACAUUUUGUUGACUCUCUUGGCCUGAACUGCAUCUUUAAUCACAUUUUGUUGAUUUCAAGGGUUGUACCUGACUUCACUGCUUUUGCAAGCUUCAUCUCCUGCAGAUGAUAUCUUUCUUUGACCUGUCUCCUUGAUAAACCACAAUGUUUACACUCGCUGAUCUUCAGUAAAUCGCUGGGAAGCCCUUCACAUCGAAGGUAUCAUGUGGGAAGUCAUUCGCGGUUGCGUCCUGGACAACUAUGACGACACUUGGGCUCGCUUUGGUACGACACAGCCACUUCGUCCAAGAUUGGAACAAGCUUUUGGCAUAGGUUGAGACUUUCUGUGUGGGGCAACUUUAUCCAUCCUUGUAGUGUUUGACCCAUGAUUUAAUCUCCACAUUUGUCUUGAGGUAUUUCAACAAUUGUCUAUUUUGAGCAACUUUAGGAGCCAUUGUUAGAGUUUAGGAAGAAGGGGAAGAGAAGACAACGUCUUAACAUUUGUUCCGACUUAAAUUGAUUCCAUAUUUUUUAUAAUUUCGGUUCGGUUCUCAGGUUUUAUAACCAAUAAAAUUUGGGUUAGUUCAGAUAGGUUUUUGUUGUUGUUGAGACUUCAGCGAGUCGAGAGAGAGAAGCGGAUCGUUAAUGGAGAAAUGGCUGAGAAGAAGCUAUGGGAAGCUGUUUUCGCUAUCUCCGGGAUUAUGAUUACUCUCGUCAUCUAUGGUCUUCUCCAGGAAAAGAUUAUGAGAGUGCCAUAUGUGCUGAGCAAGGAGUACUUUAAGCACUCUUUGUUUCUCGUUUUCUGUAAUCGACUCACUACAUCAGCUGUUUCUGCUGCUGCUUUACUGGCGAGCAAGAAGGUUUUGGAUCCUGUAGCUCCGGUUUACAAAUAUUGUCUCAUAUCAGUAACUAACAUCCUAACAACAACGUGUCAGUAUGAGGCCCUCAAGUAUGUGAGUUUCCCAGUCCAAACUCUGGCGAAAUGUGCCAAAAUGAUACCUGUAAUGGUUUGGGGAACUCUCAUAAUGCAGAAAAGAUACAGGGGAUUUGACUAUUUAGGGGCUUUCCUCGUAACACUUGGAUGCUCUGUCUUUAUUCUCUUUCCGGCGGGAGAUGAUAUUAGUCCGUACAACAAAGGAAGAGAAAACACUGCCUGGGGUGUUUCUCUUAUGGUUGGUUAUCUUGGGUUCGAUGGGUUUACGAGCACAUUCCAAGACAAACUAUUUAAAGGUUAUAAUAUGGAGAUACAUAACCAGAUAUUCUACACAACACUUUGUUCCUUUAUUCUCAGUUUCACUGGCCUUAUAUUACAAGGGCAUUUACUCCCAGCUGUGGACUUUGUUACUCGGCAUAAGGAUUGUUUCUUCGACAUCGCUUUGCUUUCCACUGACAUUUGGAGCUCUAACUUUGCUGCGAUAAUGACUACAAGACAGCUUUUGAGCAUCAUGCUCUCCUGCAUUUGGUUCUCGCACCCGCUUAGCUGGGAGCAAUGCAUUGGAUCCAUAAUUGUUUUUGGAUCUCUAUAUGCUAAAAACUUACUAAAGAAGAGAUCAGAAAAGCUGCAAGCAGUUCAAGAACUUUCACAGGAGGCUGAGCCUCUUAAGGUAAACCCUUAAAGCACAAAGAAAGUUUUUUUUUUCCUCUGAUGCUUAAUGAUCCCUAUGUUAGUUACUCCGAGGCAUCUGACUAACAAAAACUAUGCGGUUUCGGUCACAACAGUAUAAUUUAGGUUCACAUCCGCUUUUUCUUUUUGUCAAUAAGAAAUGUUAUGGUUACAAUUUUAUUGAUAUCGUCAUAAUCCGUCUAAUAUCGAAAAGUCCCACCAAUACGACUUACUACAUUGAGAGGUCAUAUUAUACAUACACA